AUGACUUAUGAAGAACAAGCAUCGUAUGAAAAACAUAUUAAACAAUGUUCACAACAAAUGUCAAGGCAAGAUUUAACUGAAAGCAUUAGUUGUUGUAUAUCAAAACAAAUUCUACGUGAUCCAGUUGUAGCAGCCGAUGGAUUUACUUACGAACGAGAACAGAUUUUACAUUGGUUUCAACAUUCAAAUAGAAGUCCGAUGACAAAUGAGGAACUAGACACAUUAGAGGUAAAACCAAAUUUUGCAAUCAGAGCGAUUCUGUCUGCAUUGAUAAAAUCAAAUAAAAAAUCAAAAUAA